AUGGCGUUAUACACCCAGGAACUGGCGAACUACAGGGUGGACAACGUUGCAUUCAGUGAGGCCCGUUUUUAUGAAAAAGGUCAACUGGAGGAGAUGGAUUCCGGUUACACCUUCUCCUGGAGAGGUCGCCCAAGGACAGAGCGACGAGAAGCGAACGUCACCUUUGCCAACCGAAACGACAUUGAGUCCUGUCUUCUGCAAGGCAUUAACAAGCGGUUGCUGAACCCCGUCUCCCUUCAAAGAUCCGAAUUUGCCCCUAUUAUGUGCGCCUAUGCCCCGCGAAUGACCAGCUCCGACGAGACGAAGAAUAAAUUUUACGAGGAUUUUCACGACCUCUUGUCGUCUGUGCCGAAUGCGGAUAGGCUGACUGUCCUUGGUGACUUCGACGCUCGUUGUCUGGAGAGGAGUGUUGCUUCUCGAUGA